AUGAUCGUAGGCUCUGCUGAUCCUUCGGUUGCCCCAGUUGAAAUUUUGGUCUGGAUGACAGGGCAAGGCGGCUAUACUCCUGAAAAAGCUCUUGGUAAGUCUACUGAGUAUGCGGUGAUCAACGGGGGCCUAUAUGACAAGUACCGAAGGAGCAAAUUGGUAUGGUACGUUCCAAGGAUGGGGAUGUUUAACUACGGAGGUGACUUGUUCCUUUUUCUCAACGAUUCUCUGACGUCGUCGGAUAUUUCUAUUGAUGAUUACGUCCAUAAAGUACAGGCUGUCACCGAGAUUAUCACCGCUAACGACGCGAGGUUUACUGUGUCGAAUUUCAGUGCACAAAUUCUCUAG